AGAAUUCUUGAUUUUUUUUUUUUUUCUCUCCUUUUACUCAGUUAUAGUGGCAGAGCUUUUUAACUAAUUUUGCAGACAUAUAACAAGUGUAAAGUCCAUGCCUUUGGCAUUUUCUGUCAACUUAUACAUUUGGAUAACAGAAAUGGUACCUAACUCUGCUAUUUUCCUUGUGACUUCUCCCUCAGGCUUAAAAGCUGGAAUUUUUAGUCCUAAAUGUUAGCUUAGAAUUGUGGGGUUCUUUUGUUUUUCAGCUGAAGAAAUCUUGAGCUCACUCUUUGGAGAGAACAUAAAUUGAUUAAUGGAAGAAAAGGGUGUCUCAAGUUUUUGUCUCAAGGAUGAAAAGACUGAGUUAUUACUUAAACUUGAGAAUGCACAGAAAAAAGUUGAAGAAUUGAAGAGCUUAAGAAGGGAAGAUGCAAAAGCUAAUGAGAAAGUUGUUGGUAUAUAUGCUGCACAAGAACAGUGUUGGUUUAAUGAGAGGAAGAAACUUAGGCAGCAAAUUGGUGCUUUUAUGAAUGAAUUGAGAGUUCUUGAAAAGCAAAAGGAUAUAAUUAUUGCUGAUCUGAAUAACAAGUUGGAGGAGAGCAAUGUAUUGUUGCAGUCAAAAGAUAAAAUCAUAGAGGAAGAAGGGAAAAGGCAUUAUGAUUUUGAAGAAAAGGUGAAAAAGGCUGAAGCUUUAGCAGAAGAAUUGAGGAACACGGCUAAGUUUGAUGCUCAGAGGCACACUAAUGAGAUCUCUAAACACAAGACUGCAUUCAUUGAACUGGUGUCUAAUCAACGGCAGCUUGAGGCAGAGAUGGGGCGCGCUCUCAGACAAGCUGAAGCAGCGAAGCAAGAGGUUAAUUCUGCGCUGGAGCAAAAGGAGAAGUCGAUCUUGAUGACUCAAAAACUAUCGAUGGAGCUAGUUAAAAUGCGCAAGGACUUGGACCAGAAAGAUCAAAUUUUGUCAGCUAUGCUUAGGAAAUCCAAACUGGAUACAGCAGAAAAACAAAUGCUUUUAAAAGAGAUCAAAUUAUCAAAAGCCAAGAGAAAGCAGGCUGAGCUAGAGAUGGAGAGAUGGAAAUCUGCUUCAGAGUCUAGAUAUGAGAGACAUUCAUUAAAAAGUAUGCUGUAUAAACGUAUGAAUCCAAAGUUGGAGACUGGAAAAAGCAGAUCACAAAAGACGGAUUAUCUUAUCGAUGAGCAGCCUGAGUGUACAAAAGAGCCAGAACUAUUUUCUCAUAUUUCUGAUAGAUUCUUUACUGAGGAGACUCAAGAAAUACUCACAAAUGAUGUUGAGGACUUAGAGAAUUGGGUUCGAUCAGAGGCUGAAAAAUACAGUAUUGCAGUUGACCAAAGGCAUCAUAUGGAGCUUGACGCUUUUGCUGAACAAUUGAGACUCAAAGAUGAGAAGUUAGAAGCUUUCCGUUGGCGCCUGCUCAGUAUGGAACUGGAAUCAAAGAGGUUACAGUCGCAUAUUGAAGUGCUGGAUCAUGAUCUAGUUCAGCUCCGGCAAGAAAAUAUGAAGUUAGAUGGAUUGCUAUUGGACCGAGAAGUAGAAUUGCAAUCCCUCAGGCAGCAACUAGCUGAGUAUUUUCUUGAUUCCCAAAAGUCCAAUGCAAAUGCUUGUCCAAAAGACCAGGACUUAGCCAAUCAUACAGUUUGGUCCAAUGUAGCAGUUAUAAAGACAAAACAUGGAGAGAAAGAGCAAGAAACAAAGAAUUAUCCUGAGGAAAUAUCUCAAAAGGUAAAGAAUGGAAGAAAAGUUGACACCAGAACAAAUAACCCCCAAAAAGACAUAAUUUUGACUCUACAGAAUGGAGCCUCAAAUACGAAUGCUAAUUCUAGUGCAGAACACUUCAGUGUAGAGGAUGCUCAGAAUGGUGUAACAUCAACUUCAGAAGGUGAUAGUGAAAUUAAGAAAAAGAAAUCUCUUUGGAAAAUGGAUUUACAUGCUCUUGGAGUUUCAUACAAAAUCAAGAGGCUGAAUCAGCAAUUUAUCAUGCUCGAGAGGUUGACAGGAAAGCAAGAACGUCCUGGAAAUAGUGAAAACAAUGAUAAUGAACGAUCUGGUACGAGAGGAUUUUAUGCAUUGAUGUCCUUAUUGAAUAAACAAGUUGCUCGUUACGAGUCCCUUCAGACGAAAAUUGAUGAUCUAUGCAAGCGGAUGCAUGAUAAUGACCUGAAUGUAAAUUGCGGAAGUUCAGUUACACGAAAAACGAAGGAAGAAACUAAGAUGCUAGAGCAAUUUCUUGAAGAAACAUUUCAGCUGCAAAGAUACAUAGUAGCAACAGGACAGAAACUGAUGGAAGUCCAAACAAGAAUUGCUUCUGGAUUUGUUGGAGCUGCAGAAGAGCUUGAUACACCUGCAAGUUUUGAUGUGAAGCGGUUUGCGGAUGGUAUUAGAACACAUUUUAGGGAAGUACAGAGAGGACUUGAAGUUCGUAUAUCACGAAUUAUUGGUGAUCUUGAAGGAACUUUAGCCUGUGAUGGCAUCAACCAUUUCAAGAGAUAGUGCUGCGAUCGAACCUUCCAAUCAUGCAUUGAGGCAGAAUCUAAGUUUACAUGGUGCAGCAACAGCAGCAAAUCAUUGAUCCAGUCCCAUAUAUACAUGUAAAUAUCCAGCAACUAUAAAUUCCAAUAAUUCGCGUACAUAGAGAAUUGCUGCAUCAUCUGUAGGACUAUCAGUGUAUCACCUAUUUGGCCAUUGUUACAUUUGCUUUCCAUAGUUUUUUAAAUGAAUGAAUGCCGAUAGUGAUAUUACUUGUGCAUGAA